CCAUUGGGACACCAUAGACCAUUGCACAUCAAACCACCCUGUCACGGUGUCACCACCACCUCACACCAGCACAAAACCCUCCCGCCGCCGCCACAUGACACCAAUUCCGCCGCCCAUGACCCUCUGGCAACACCUUCUUUCCACCCUCACACCACUACUAAAACAACCCACUCCAAACUUCCUCCCUUCAAAACCCUCCUAAACCCCUACUCAAAACCUCACAUAUUUUCUCUCUUCAACUCCCGCCAUUUCUCCACCUCAUUUCUAGUAACAAAAACCCCCAAAAAAUUCAAGAAAAAACGCAAGAAAAAAGAAAGCCCGCGAACCAAACUUGUUCAAACCCAGCCAAACCUCAGCCCCCACCUGGAAAACAUCCUCCACCGCGAUGCCCACUUCAGAUUUUUAACAAAAACCAAAGAAUAUCUCUCCAAACAACCCCAACAAGUCCUCCUCCUCGACGAGGCAGGAAAACUACACCAGCAACUGGGCUUCCCCCGCGGCCGAAAAGUCUCGAAAUUUAUCCAAAAUCACCCUUUACUUUUCGAUGUUUACCGCCACACGGAUAAUAAAAUGUGGAUUGGUUUUAGUGAAUUUAUGGAGGGACUGUUGCUCGAGGAGCGCAAAAUCAUGGAUCAAAUGGAAGUUGAGAGAGUGAAUGUGGUCAGAAAAUUGUUGAUGCUGUCGGUUAAUAAGAGGAUCCCCCUGAGUAAAAUUCAUCAUAACAGGCUUUUGUUUGGGAUCCCGGAUGAUUUUCGAGAUAGAGUGGUGAAGUUUCCCGAGCACUUUAAGGUUGUUGUUGAGGAAGAUGGUAAAAGGGUGCUUGAACUUGUGAAUUGGGAUCCUACAUUGGCAGUUAGUGCGUUGCAGAAGGAGUUUAUGAUAGAUGAGGAUAAGGUUAAGAAGGCGUUUAAAUUCGCGGUGAAACAUGGGAAGGCAUUGGAUUUAGAUGAGGAUGAUGAGAGGAAGUUGAAUAUGUUGAAUACUUUGCCAUUGGUAUCACCUUAUUCCGAUGGGAGUAAGUUUGAUUUAUGGACUUUGGAGGCUGAGAAGUAUAGGGUUGGAGUGAUUCAUGAGUUCUUGAGCUUGACAUUGGAGAAGAGGGCUUAUAUACAUAACAUUGUGGAGUUUAAGGAGGAGUUUAGUCUAACUAAACAUACUUAUCAGAUGCUUCUGAAGCAGCCGAGAACAUUUUAUUUGGCUGGGACAGAGAUGAAUUGGUGUGUUUUUCUGAAGGAUGCUUAUGGGGAGGAUGGUGUAUUGAUCAAGAAGGAUCCCCAGUUGGUAUUCAAUGAGAAGUUGUAUAGAUGUGCAGAAAUGAAAGAUUUGGGAUCAAGUGAUGAUGGGAGUAAGAAAUGAAGUUGCAGUAGAGAAUUUGAGCAUGAAGCGGGUUUUGCCUGAAUGAGAGAGAUGAUACCAACAAUAUCAAGUAUCUCAACAAGGAAAACAAAUGAAAGGAAAAUGGGCAGACAGAGGCAACAGUUCAGUAUGAACUUCUUAGGUACUUUAGAGUUGAACUUGGCAAGUUAUGCAGCUGCUUCUCUGUGCUAAUCUACUGGGCACUGCUUGAUGAAGGGAUCUAGUUUUCAUUUUAGUGUCAUGCUGAUUAUUUUCAAGUUGAUUUUUUGUAUUUUAAAGUCACUAGUUGAUUAAAAGUCUCGGUCUUUAGUCUUUAGAAUAUGUAGAGACUUGAUCAUGUGUAUAAUUUGCACUAGUUUGAAUACGAAUCUUGUUUCUACUUUU